CCCUUACGGUGCAGAUUCAGCGUGACACAGUUGUGGUCCGGCAUUUAUUUGAAUCCCCAGUCAACUCGGUUGAAGUCAUGGCGGGUCCUGACCUGAUAAAAACUAUUCUGUAUACUGUGAACAACCUCCUUCAACAGGAGAAAUACAAAGCAGCCCUGGCAGUGUUGAAAGGAUUCAGAAACGGCGCCGUAUAUGGGGCCAAGAUCAGAGCACCACAUGCCUUAGUUAUGACAUUUCUGUUUAGAAGUGGCUGUCUGAAAGACAAACUCAAAGCCAUUCUCAAAGCCACAUAUACCCACUCCCGUAACUUGGCGUGCUUCGUGUUCACAUACAAAGGACUACAAGCCUUACAGCAGAGGAUCCAUGGAAAGAGCCUACAGUCGCACUCCUUCCUCGCUGCCUGUGUUGGAGGGUGGUUAGUGUUUGGAGACAACAACAACAUCAAUAGUCAGAUCAACAUGUAUCUGUUGUCUCGAAUCCUGUUUGCCUUGUCUCGACUGGCUGUAGAGAAAGGAUUCAUCCCUGCACCCAAACAGGAUCCGUUCCCACUUUUUGCAACGCUGGUUUGGGGCAUCGUCUUGUGGCUGUUUGAGUAUUACCCACACACCCUCCAGCCCUCCCUUCAGUCCUCCAUGACUUACCUCUAUCAUGAUAGCAAUGUGUGGCACGACAUCUCAGACUUUCUUGUUUAUAACAAGCCAAGGACUGCCUCUCAAAAAUAAAGCUGUAGUUUAUUUUGUUGUUCUUAAUUGAUAUCUUCUUUAGGGUGUGCUCAUUGCAUUCAUUUUUUAAAACGCAGUAUUCCAAAUAUUAUUGGUUGUUUUCUAUGUUAAACUGUAUUUUUGCAUCACUAUUUGAAAUAUUUGAGAUUUUAUUUUACCAUUUUA